UCAACCAGUAGGGGCACCACAAAAAUCCAAGAAGUUGAGUAAAAUAUUAUACCGACAGGGGGCAUCCUGCUACAGUAAUCAUGUUUGGGUUAUCAGUUGACUUUUUUUUAUCACAAAAAAAUGUAUUUACUUCAGACAAUUUGAAUAACUCUAGACAGUUGUUGAAAUAUUUUAAAAAUGAGUGAUUCAAUUGAGACAAUAAUUAAUGAUAUUGGAGGAUUAAAAUGUGGUCCUUUGUUGGAAUUAUCAAAACCACUUGUGGUACCACAUGGAAGAAUUUUAAUGGGACCAGGACCAAGUAAUUGUUCACCAAGAGUAUUGGAAUCUCUUGCUAAUCCAGUUAUUGGACAUAUGCAUCUAGAAACAUUUAAGAUUAUGGAUGAUAUUAAAGAGGGUUUAAAGUACGCAUUUCAAACAGAUAAUAGAUUAACACUGGCAAUAAGUGGAUCUGGUCAUUCUGGAAUGGAAGCAUGCAUUGAUAAUUUACUUGAACCUGGUGAAACAAUUCUAAUUAUCAAAGCAGGCAUAUGGGGUGAACGUGCAGCUGAUAUGGCAUCACGUAUUGGUGCUAAUGUCAAAUUAUUAACAACUGAACUUGGAAGUGUCUUUAGCCUGGAUGAACUUGAAACUUCAAUGAUAAAAUAUAAACCAGAUGUUGUAUUUGUUGUUCAUUCUGAAUCAUCAACUGGACUCAAACAGCCACUCCCUGGUGUUGGUCAUAUUGUUCAAAAAUAUGGUGCACUACUGAUUGUCGAUGCGGUUGCUUCACUUGGUGGCGAGCCCUUUUUCAUGGAUGCGUGGAAAAUUGAUGCUGCUUAUACCGGAAGUCAAAAAGUACUUGGCGCACCGCCUGGACUCACCCCAAUUUCAUUUAAUUCUAGAGCAGAGAAGAAAUUAUUUUCACGUAAAAUUAAAGUACCAGUAUAUUACUGGGAUAUGUGUCUUUUGGGAAAUUAUUGGAAUUGUUUUAAUGAUGCAAAAAGAAAUUAUAAUCAUACGGUUAGUACAACACUGUUGUAUGGUUUACGUGAGGCACUUGCUAUGCUUGUUGAAGAGGGUCUAGAAGCUUCAUGGAAAAAACAUUUAAACGCAUCAAUAAUUCUUCAUGGAGAACUUGAAAAAAGGGGUUUUAAAUUUUUUGUUAAAAAUCCAGAACAUCGAUUGGUUACAGUUACUGCUAUUGUUCUUCCUCCAGGUGUUGAUGGUAAUAUUGUUGUUCGUCGAACACUUGAGAGAUGGAACGUAGAAAUAUCUGGUGGACUUGGUCCAACAUUUGGAAAAAUAUUGAGGAUAGGAGUAAUGGGUAUUAAUACAACAAAUAAACAUGUUAAUCUCGUUCUCAAUGCUCUUGAUGAAGCACUUGAUUAUGCACAAAGCAAAUUGUAAUUCAUUUUUUUUUUUUUUUUCCUCUUUUUUAUUCAAUGAAAAAUAAUCGACACACAAUGCGUGUUUGGUUUGUUUUUUUUUUUUCUAUUUUCAGCCAGUUUACGUAUAUAAUGCUAACAUGAUUACGUUUUUUAUAUAUAGAUUGAUCUAUUUGAUCGAUAUACAUAAGUAAUAAUGCUUGUUACAUAAUUUUAUAAUCUAAAAUUUUAAAAUUAACUUA